AUGAACGAGCCUCAAGGUAACAUCUCUAGCACUGGAUAUCCUUUUGGCAACCUGGACAACAUGAUGUAUACCUGGACUAUACAGGGGCACGCUGACAGCUAUAUCGUCCUCAGUCUAUCGUUUGUGGAAACAGAGUCUUGUGACACAGACUAUAUCACCGUGUACGACGGAGCUACUAAAAAUGCUCCAAGUUUUAACAAAAUGUGUGGUACGGGAGUCUCAGGACUAAUUGUAUCGACAACAAACAACCUUUUUGUCACCUUUGAAACAGAUGGCAGUGAUAGGUACAGAGGAUUUUAUGGAGAGUUCUAUUCACACGAUAACCACAUCAUACUGAACGAGUCUCAAGGUAAUAUCUCCAGCCCGGGAUAUCCAUUUGGCAAACUUGACAACAUGAUGUACACCUGGACUAUACAGGGCAAAGUUGACAGUUAUAUCGUCCUCAAUAUUUCAGACUUAGGGGCAAAUUGCCAGUAUGGUUACCUAAGAAUAUAUGACGGACCCACAACAUUUUCACCGAUGUUUGGAAAUUUUUGCUCGUCAGUACCACCAGGGUUAAUGGCUUCAACGGGAAACUCCAUGUUUGUUGUGUUGAAAACUAAUAGUUCCUACAAAUGCAAAGGCUUUUAUGGAAAUUAUGAGAUAAGAGAGAGACACUCUACACUAUGUGAAGUAGGCAACUUGGCAAGUCCUGGAUAUCCCUUACGAUAUUUGAAUAAUCAGGAAUUUACAUGGAAUCUAUCAGCACGUGCUGAUACCCGUCUCAUUUUAAAUCUAUCGUUUGUGGAAACACAGUCUUGUGACACUGACUAUAUCACCGUGUACGACGGAGCUACUAAAAAUGCUCGAAGUUCUAUGAAAGUCUGUGGUAGGGGAGUCUCAGAACUGAUUGUAUCGACAACAAACAAACUGUUGGUCACCUUUAAAACAGACAGCUCUGAAACAUACAGAGGAUUUUAUGGAGAGUUCUAUUCACACGAUAACCACAUUAUACUGAACGAGUCUCAAGGUAACAUCUCCAGCCCGGGAUAUCCAUUUAGCAAACUUGACAACAUGAUGUACACCUGGACUAUACAGGGCAAAGCUGACAGUUAUAUUGUCCUCAAGUAA